AUGGUGCAAUCUCCCAGUACACCAUUUGCUGGUGACGGGAAAGCCCAGUUUGAAUUCACACCUAUAGGCCACGCCAAUGGUAAAAGCGUGUCAAGUUCUGGGACUCCUAGUGAGGACCGUAAAAGACGGACAUCUCACAUAGACGAAUCAUUGCUGAGUGUAGACAGAAUUGAUGACGGGUCACGUAAAAGAGCCCGAGCCUCAGAUGAUACCUUAAACUCUACACGAAUAUUCAACGAAUCUUCUUUUGAUGACACGCUGCCCUCUCAUGCUGGGAUACCUAGUGUCAAAAGAUACCAAGGUAAUGAGAUCCUCGGAGAGGCAAACGGCAAUAAUGAGAAUCUAGGGGCCUCAAAUCCUCUUAAAGAACAACAGGACUCUAUGUAUAAGCUGAAUGUGGAGAAUUACAACCUCAGAGUGAAAUGCAACAGUUUACUGAAGUUUCUGAAUAACGUAACAGAUGCAGGGGAACUCAAGGAAAAUCUAGCCAUCAUGGACGAACUUAACGAUUGGAAAUCCAAGUAUCAAAAGCUUGCAGCAUCGUAUAGGGAGCUGCAGCUGAAGUUUGAUGACGGUGGGGACUCAGAUGAACGGCAACGAGAAACCGCCCUACAAAAUGCACAGCUUGCAGAAUUGGAGCAGAAAUUGAGAAAUUACCAAGAGAGCGUCAGCACUUCGAGGGAACACAUUUCGCGUCUCGAAAGUAAACUAAAGAUUUCCAAUCAGGGCUCCAAUACGCGAGAAGACGAAUUAGAAGUCAAGAUUAGACAUCUUCGCGAAAAGAUAGGUCGUCUAGAAGCUCAAAUCGCCGAAAAAAACGAUGAAGUCAAAAGCAGAGAAGACACAAUCAAGAGUCUUAACAGCGAUUUGGAACGGCAAGAUACUGCUUGCCAAAAUCUACAGAACACGAUUGGGCAGCACCUGAAAAAAAUUGAUGAACUCGAAUUGCAAGUCCAAAACACCGAGCAACAGGUUCAAAAGUUGGAACGCGCUUUGGAUGCUGCAAGACAUGAGCUUCAAAUUUCUGCGCAAGGGAAGGAAACGCACGAUACGGGCGCACAACUGCAAAUUGAUAGCCUUCGAAAUACGAAUUCAAAACUACAAAGUGAGCUAGAUCGAGCUCAGUUCGAAACGCGUCAAAGCCAAGCACAAGUAGAAAAGCUAUCUUCGAAAGCCAAAGGUGUGGCCAUCAACAUAACGAGGAAAGAUGAUCAGAUACAAAUACUACAGCAAGAGAUCAAGCAGCUACAGCACGAUCAGGUGUCACAUCGCAAAGAAGAUGCGCGAGAAAGCGGCUCAUUGAAUGAAAAAGUGGAAGCCCUCACGGCCGAAGUUAAGCGCAUAUUACAAGAUAAAGAGAGGUUAGAGAGAGACAAUGACAGCUUGCGAGGAAGGAUAGUGUCGCAGGCAACCAGAUCGCCCGCGUUAAGGGAGAAUAGAAGAACUCAAGAAAGAGCGCUAGAAAACUCUAAAUUGCAAAUCAGAAUAGAAGAGUUGCAGAAUGAACUGAAUUUGUCACAAAAAGCUGCUAGUGCUGCCAAGCAAAAUCACCGUUUGGAAAUCGAGCGGCUUCAAGCUCAGAUUGAAAGUUCGGAUAUGCAGCCGUUUUUGACCAAGACAAAGCUCGAAAAAGAAAUAAGUAUUCUUAAACUGGAGCUUGAAUCCCUACGCGAAACCAAGAGUCGUGAGAUUUCGUUAUUAGAGAACAGAUGUGAAAUGUUGAUUAAAGAAAACACUCGUAUAUCACAGCAAGUUGAUUCUCAAGUUGGUCUUUCUCAGCGACAAAAAGUGGACAAACAGAAAGAGGUCGAUGAGUUAAUUCAAAGAUGUGGCGAGCUGUCAACUGAAAGGCUGAAACUCAGGAAGGAACUGAGCCAGACACAAGAAUCCGAAGCACAGAAAAAUGGCGAAAUAUCAAAACUAACGUCUCGUCUUGAGUAUGUGACGAAUGAGUUUGUUAGGUAUAAAGAACUGCAAGGUUCCAAUUCUGACCCAAACACAGGAACGCUAAAUGAAAGGUGGUCUGAAAAGUAUCGUAACAUGAAACGAAAGAUCCUGCAGGAGCUAAAGACCUUGCAGACUGAAAACCUUGAUCUUGAGAGAAGACUUCUGGAGGGCACUAAGACGGCCCCGCGCUCCGCAAGCCCUGAUUUGAAUAAACUAUCUCUGCAGGAUCAAGUCGACUAUUACAAAUUGCGGUACCGUCACGAAGUUGUGCACAAUGGCGAUUUGAAAGUCAUGAAUGAAUACUUGAAUAGAGUUUUGAGAGCCAGCUCCCGCCACCUACGUCUCGACAUAAUGAAACUUGAAGACGAAGCUUUAUCAGAUCUUUCACCGCAGUAUCCUAAUCGUCAUCGUCUGAAGUUUAAAACCGUGGCCUUGAUGGUCUUAGCGGCCGUCCGGUUCGAACAUGCGGCCCAAAAAGUACGAUGGGACGCCCAACGUCUGAAUUAUCUCCGACAGAAAAUCGUGCUGGACCAAGACCGCGUUACUUGGUGA